CGCGGUGUGGUAGUCCUCCAUUGCGUUGUUCCCAGGUGCCAUCUUUCACUGCGCUUUUCCCCAACUUUCACCCAGCUAGCUUGCGCUGCCUCUCACAACUCGCCCAUUCCCUCUAAGCUUUACCCUUCGAAAACGCGCAUUUCCCAAGCAAUAGUUCACCUCACUUGAAUCCCACCCGGCCAACGCAAUGAAAGAACACGCAGCACACUGGCAGCGCACACUGCUAGGCGCGGAGAUCUGGAACAACGUGGAGACGCGGAACCAGCCUGUCAACGACCUCAUUGAUACGGUGCACGACCAAGCCCUCCACACCCGUUUCCCGUUCAACCUUGUUCGUGAGGAAACCAGCCGUGCCCGCCAUUCAGCCGCUCCUCCAGCACAGCGUCCAACAGGAACAACCAAAGCACCACCUCGCUCCUUCGCUCUGCGCUCAACCCAAGCACAGCAACCCCAGCCACAACGUCCACCCAUCGUCCUCUUCACAGCCGAGCAAGCGACGCCGACCAACCCGCUCCUGGAGUUCCGCGGCGGCGAGACCUGGGCUCGUUUCCCGCAGAACCGGCGUUCGUUGGGGAUCGAUGUCUACUUGCCUCUUAACACAUCAUCUACCACCACCGCCGCCGCAGCGGAGUCCACCGCGCAGACGGAAGACCCGAACGACGGCGAGGAAGCCCAGGAGGAAGAAGACGAAGACGAUGAAGUAGAGGAGCAAGUCGAGAUCCUCGCGCUGGAGCAAUUCUUCCCGCUCAUCCACUUCCGCCACCUCCGCUCCCUCAAGAUUACAGGCAUGGUGCAGUCGUACCAAAAAUACAUCUGGCAAGCGGCGUGGCUGAACACGGGCCUCGAGGAGCUGGAGCUCAGCAUGGUCUGCGAGCCGCGCCUCCGCCGGUCCUUCACCGGAGUCUGGCCAUGCAUCAAGGGCGGCUGGACGAUGAAUCCCACCCAUUACAGUGCCCCUGUCUACUACGGCACCGGCGCCGGCACCCUCCCCCGCACCAUCGGCGAAGGCGAAUACCUGGACAAACUCGCCCUGGAGAAGGCCAAGGUCUGCGCGAUGGUGCACGGCCCCACGCGCAACCGGCUCUCGCUCCGCACCCUGACGCUGACGGGCUUCGUCGUCGACGCCGACCCCAUCCUGCUCUGGUUCGACCCCGCGCGGCUCAAGUGCCUGCACUUCAAGGACUUCUGCGUCGACGCCGGGUUUUACUUGUGUGAGGCCAUGCACCGCGUCUCCGUGCUGUUCCCCCGCCGGCUGGGGCCGGCGGAGGGGGACGAGGCCGUCGUCGCGCGCCGCGUGCACCUGCGCACGGAGCUGAAGGUCGUGCAGCUGCGCGGCGGACGGAAGGUCGGGGAGAUGCCGUUUACUGGGCCGCAGUGUUUGCGGGAGGGGCGGGAGGGGGCUGAGGAAGAGGGUGCGGGGGUUGGUGAUAUUCUUGCUCCUGCUCCUGCUCCUGCUGAUACUACUGCUCCCGCCGAGGAAGUGUAAACGACCGGAGACGAAGAACUAGGACUAGGACUAGGACUGCUCGCUAUGCGUUUCUGGCAGUUCAUCUUCUUGAUUUCUUUCCUGAGCGAGCGGGCGCCAGUAUUCCUUGGGGGCGUUUCUUCUGGUGGUCAGCUGUGGUCAUGCACACGGUCCUCUCUUCAGAGAAAGUUUGUUGACGGCUUUCUUUUCCUUUUCUAUGAAUUGGCUUGGCGCAAAAAAGGUGGCGGUUUUCGAAAAUGGCAUGAUGAUAGAAGAGUCUAACGAUUGGUAAUGUCUAAUGGUGCGAAUACUGGGGCUAA